GUUUUUGUUGAAUUAUAUGAUUUGGAUUUGCAAAAGGGUGGAGAAUGGACAGAAACAGCUCGAUGGAUUAAAUAUGAAGAUGUUGAAGGAACGGAUCAUCAUUGGGGUCAACCACAUGUCGCAUUCCUUUCAUUUCAUGCUUUAAUCUCCUUGCGAAAGUUUAUGCGAACAGGUAUGAUUUUACUUGAUUGUAAAGCAAAAACAUUCGCUGAUGUUUGUGAUCGAGUGGCAAAUGUAAUGAUUAAUGAAGGAAUUACUUGUAAAAGGCGAGAUAUAAUGCAAAUUUUAGGAAUGAAACAAGCACAUCCAUUAUCACGUCGAAUGACUGCGCUAUCAUUGGCAGGUUCAGUUUUCGAUCGGCGUUCGGAAUGUAACUUAGUAGGAGCAGGUACGAUGGAUAAUACUAGAUUACAUAUAGAUUUAUUGGAACGAGAACCUUCAUUUCAAACUGGUAACUUACGUAAACAACCAACGAUAGCAGAAGUUGAUGAAAUGGAAAAUACGAUAUUAACUGGGAUGAAAGGAAUACCAAUUAGUGAUCUCAAACAACAGAGAUAUCUCUUCCAUUAA